CAAGUGAAAUAUUAAGCGCAAGGUAAAAAAUAUUCAAAAAAAAACGAAUGAUAUUCUUCCUUACCAAAACCUAUUAUGAAUGAUUUGAUGUUGAUAUCACGUGGUACCCCUACUACUGUGUUAUACAUAGGGAACAGUGGAUUAAUUUAGUUAAUAUGUAGUGUAAAAAUCGCCAGGUUGAAUUGUCCCGGUUGAAAACUAGUGUUGUUGACAAAUGUGAGUGAAGACAUAGUAAACAUGAGGGGUAGUACCGCUGGAUUACCGGACACUGUUAUACAGGGGUAUAACGCCUCCUACUACACAUUUUUAACAAUACUAGAUACUUUAUUCGCAUUUUUCGUGUUAUGUCCCUGUGUAGUGGCCUACUGGAGGGGUGCUUGGGGUUUAAUGGACAUAUAUCUAGCUGAUUACUCUUUAUUUUACAAUGGUCUGAUAUCUCUAGGCAUAGGUUUAUUUGGACACUGUGUUUUUAUGUGCUUCCAAAAAGUAUUCGAAGAAAAGUUCCAUCCAGAUAAGAACCGAAUAUUGUACUAUGUCGUGUCGAGACUGUAUACUGUGUGCUUUGCAUUUACCUGUGUUAACGGAUGGAGAGGUCCCUGGGAGUUCUUGUAUAUUCCCUACAAAUCAGAUGUUAAGUCGAUUAGUGCAACCACUGGAGUAGGAAUUGUGGCUUUACUCGCAAUGAGAGGAUUGAGGAACGUUACAGCGCCUCCAUUUGUUAUUGUUAACGACAGUGUUAAGGGAUAUUUCGAAGUACCAACUUUGUUUAGAACACCGAUGGAAGAAAGAAAAUCCUUGUUUGUGUUAGACUGUCUCUUCUCUAUAGCUGUAGUUGGAACUUUAGUAGUGUUCGUUUGGAGAGGCGUGUGGCUGCUGGUUGAUCUAUUCCUCUUUCCAGAAGAUUUAGUAUUUUCUUACUGGUGUAGUCUAGUUAUAGGAUAUGCAUGUGUCGCUAUUGCGUUCCUUCUUCAGCCUGUAAUGAGAUAUUUAUGUGAAAGACUGACUGGUGCUGCAAGAUUGUUACUUGCAGAUUUGUAUACUUUGUUCGCUCUCUUUGGUACCGUCAACGUAUGGAGAGGGAUAUGGAGUUUGCUAAACGUAUAUUUCUUACCAGAUAAUCUAGAGUUAAGCUGCUGGAUUACCCACUGGGUGAGCCUCAUAAUCCUGAUUCUAUGUCGGUGUUCCAACUCGCUGCUGGUGAGAGGGGUGUACAUAGACGCCGAAGAGCCUGGCGGCGAAUGUGCCAUCUUCCCUUGUUACUACUUGAGAAUCAUUUUGAGGAAGAAGAAACUAAAGAAACUGAACCUAAACGCGUUCACUCUGAAUGACACGCUUAAGGUACACCAAAAAGACGGAGAUCCACAAAUUAAUUCCUAUGACACUCUUAAGGUACAUCAAAAAGAUGGAGAUCCACAAAAUAACCAUGUUAUAAACAUCAACACUAUUAGUAAUACUGUCGAAGGAAAUAAUGAUCUUAAAGUACCAACAUAAAAUCUUAAAAUGAGUCAAUUUGAUAUUUGGUCUGUUGAUGAACAGAGGUAGCGACGAAAAAAAAAGCAUACUUGUAUUACCAAUUGUUUUCUGUUUAUUGUAUUAAAAUAAUAUAAGACAUUCUAAUUUUGUCAUUUUAAAGUUUUAAUUUAAACCAGGGAUUCCCAAACUUUGCAGUAAAGAGCAACAUUUUUAGCACAAAUUUUGAAAUAUCAUUAUCUUAUUCACUUUUAUUUAAUAUUAAUUAUAUGUCACAAAUGAUUCCCCUUCUUCUUCAUGUGCCUAUUCGUGACGAAUCUUGGCGAUCAUCAUGGUAAUUCUUAUCUACACAAGAACAGAAAAGCUGCACAGAUGUGCUGAACCGGGUUCUGAGGUUUGUUUAAUCAGGAUGUUCUUUUUCCUGGACCUCUCUUUCCAUAUAUUUUUCCUUGCAGGAUGGCUUGUAGGAGGACAUAUCUGGAUUUAUUUCGCAUAAUGUAUACAAACUAUUGUAACUUUCGAAAUUUGAUGGAGGUCAGUACCUCUCGGCUCUUCUUCAUUCUUCUGAGGACUACCUCAUUUUGUGACUCGGUCAGUCUACGGGAUUCUAAAUAUUCUCCGAUUAGCCAUAUCUCAAAUGCUUCCAAUUUUCUGUACAUAUAUUCGUUUAAAAUCCACGAUUGAACACCAUAUGUGGUAAUAUUGUUCUGAAGUCAUUUCCUUGUGGCAUCUUAUGCAAUUUACUAUUUUAUUUGGGAAUCAUGCCACCAUAUGGGGUUCCUAAGCAACUACACGUAGAUUGACAGUAUUGUGACUCCAGCACCUAGUGCUUCGUAUCCUGAUAUUCCACUCUUUGUCUUCAGCUUGUUUUCUUUAUCCAAAUACGUCUCUUGACAUACGUCUCUCCACUUCUUGUCGAAGUGAAGGAAAAAUUGAGGGGGCCAGAACUAAUCAGAACUUACCAGAGGUAAAGGAACUAAUAGAACCAAAACAUAUAGAAAAGGAUACACGGAUCGACUAAUCUAAAAAAGCUCUAUACAGAGGAAGAACAAAUAAUGCUAGGAUUGGAAACACCAGAAAUUACCACAAAUGAAGAUGUUAAUAUAAGUACACAAGAAGUUCGAAGAACACUUGGAAAGCUGAAGAACAGAAAAGCUGCAGGUAAGGAUGGAAUAAGCAAAAUCAUAGAACACAAUAAAAUACCAGCGAACUAAUUCUACUUUUAAAAAAAGGAGAUAAAAAUCAGCCAAAAAACUACAGAGGUAUCAACUUGUUAAAUACUAUGGAUAGAUCGUGUACAGAUGCAAUACUCGUCAUAAAGCAAAUUACUGAAAAAUCACUAGAGUAUAAUAGACCAGCACUGCUAUAUCGGAUUGACUUGAAGAAAGCAUUUGACAGAGUAAGACUCAAAGAUAUAAUUCAUCUUCUGUAUAAUAGAGAAGUCUCCCCAGAUAUCAUAAAAACUAUUCAAAACAUCUACCAAAACAACAAAAUGGAAGUCAGAAUAGAUGAACAACUUACAGAAUCUGUAUAGUCAGCGGAAUAAGACAGAGAGACUCACUGAGCCCUAUACUCUUCAAUUUAAUCAUGAAUGAAAUCAUCAAAAACGUCAACAAAGGAAGAGGAUAUAGAAUGGGAAACAAAGAAGUGAAAAUAAUCUGCUACACAGACGACGCAAUAUUGAUGGCCCAAGAUAAAGAUGGUCUGCAACGAUUAGUCCACACUAUUACAAUAAGAGCGAAAGAAUUCAAUAUGACAAUUUAAUCUCAAAAAACUAAAACAACAGUAAUCAGUAAGGAACCAAUCAGAUGUAAAAUAGAAAUUGAUGAUAUCAGUAUUGAACAAGUAAUGGAAGUAAAAUACCUUGGAAUUAUAUUGUCAAGUUACAUAGACCUGGACAAAGAAGUAAGAAGUCAAGUACAAAAAGCAAAUAGACUGGCAGGAUGCUUUAAUAACACUAUAUGGCAAAACCGACAUAUUAACACUGAGAUGAAGUCAAGAAUUUAUAAAGCCAAUUUAUAGAGUAAGAUCCGACAUAGCAACAGCACAAAGACUACUAGAAACGGCAGAGAUGAUAAUGCUGAGAAGAAUUACAGGAAAUACGCUGAGAGAUCGAAAGAGGAGUGAAGACAUUAGAAGACAAUGUAACGUACAGUGUAUAAACAAAUAAACACUAAAUAGAAAAAAGAAUGGGAUAACUACAUAACCAGAAUGAGGGAGAGACGUGUGGUCAAAAUAGCAAGAGAUAAAUCACCAAUCGGUAGAAGAAAAAUAGGUCGACCACGCAUAAGAUAGAGUGACAACAUUCCAUAGAGGUAUCAAUCCAACUAUGAGCAAGCAGAAUUGCUUAUAAAGAUAAAGAAGAAGAAGAAAUACGUCUCUUAAAUUGCAACUAUAUCAAUAUUGUUCUUUGGGAGGAUUUUGAGAGAGCAAUUUGCUGUAGUUAUAGCCAACCUUCAGCAACGGAGAAGGCGCCUUAAGAAGAAAAAAUGAUUUGUGAUCGGUGGUCGCAUUUUGAAUCACGAUGUCAUUCUGACAAGUUCGUAUUCUGGGCCCAAUAUUUUUUGUCUGAUGGUUCUGGGACGAACCAUUUUGUUUUCCUAGUGAUACACAGGCGCGGAUACAGUGGGGGGUCAACGGGUCCAUGGACCCCCUAUUGUAUUUAGUCCAUAAGUAUUUUUUUAUUCUUAAUUAUUUUUUUAUGUUAACUCUAAACUUGAAGCCAUCAGUACAACACUAAAUUACACGACAACCGCUUCCAAAGAAUUGAAAGAAGCCAUAAAAUCUAAUAAAACACCCUUCUCUGAAAAAUAAUCUGCAGGCGCAUUUGUUUGGGUACCGGUGGAACCAUAAACAACUGAAAUAUUUUUCUCGAUUCAAAGAAUAACAAAAAUUAUAUUAUAAAAUGCAAAUACAUUACACUGGGUAUAAACCUUAUCUCAUGAAAAGUCACGUUUCAAAUUUGCGAUACAAUAAACAUAUAAAAAUUUGAAAUGAGUGAAAAAUAAUUUCGACCACGAAUACAAAGAUUUGUAUUUUACUAGAUAGUCCAUGCGUAGGUACCUACCCAUUGAUGGUAGAAAGGUUAAUCUUUAUGGUAAAGAACGACCAGUGAGAUUACUAGUCGUGAAUUGUCUAUCAAUCCUUUUGAUACCGUAGGUAAUCUGGUAUUAUAUAGUGUAUUUUAUCCUUAGAGUAAGUGUGAAUCGUAUGGCUAAAUCUGGAAAAUAUAAUAUUUAAUUUGAGGUAGGUCUGCCCCCCCCCCCCCUAUUUUGAAUUUCUAGGUUCGCGCCUGUGUCUACAUGUGUAUGGUAGUCAGAAGAUCUCGGUGGGAUAAUCUGACUGCCAGAAAUCAUAAAUUGAAGUGCAGAUUUGGACUCCAAUUUGUGAACAAUAUAUAAGCAAGUUUUUGUGCUGGUGUUCAGUUCCAAGUUUUGACAGUAUUAUUUCUUAAUUCGUUCCUUGUACGUGUCCUAACAUAGUUUCUUGAUCAAUUCUUCUAUUUUAAACGUUUUGUUUUAAAAACGCAACAAAGAAUUCGACAAGUAUGUUUUAAUAAAAAGAUCACGCUAAUAUAAUUACCUCAAUAUAAAAAUUUUUAUAUCCAACACAUCGCACCUCCGCUCAAAUAGUGUCACAACUCAAAAAAAAUAAAAACGAUUUUAUUGCACCAACAGUUUAAUAAAACUACAAAAUCUUAUCUCAGAAAGUGUUACGUUUAUAGUUCAAGUAUUUGUCGUUAGAUGACACUUAGUGUCAUUAUAUGAUUAACCAAAAUCAUUGGUACACCAAACAUAAACAGUAUAAAUAUAAGAUACAUAUCGACUUGUGCAAGGCAUUUGUGCUCAAGUAAAGUGACACAUUUAUCACUUACUUAUCUUUCUUUUUGCAGUAUUUUUUGUUUAAUAUUGUUACUUGUAUUUAAAGUUACAUCAUUACAAAUUAUAAGUCUGUUAACCAGAUAAUAAUAUCUAAUAAUAUCUAAUGAUAUUAUAUUUUGUACUGCAAGAGCCACUUUUGAUAAAUAAUAUGUAUGUCGUAAAUUUGUCGUUAUUUUAUCUGUAUAGAGUAACAACUCAAAAAAAAAAGUUUUUUAAAUAUUUUUAGCAGAAUUAAUACACUAUUUUGUAGAGCUUCAAAAACCAUUGUAACUGACUAAAAUAGUUUGUUAUUAUACUAAUUUUAGUUCAGUCGAUAGAGCAUUUGACCUUGCAUUACGAGCUGUUCCAAAUUUUUCUAAUCUGUAGGGGGGUCAAUAUAAGUGCAAAUUUAAACUCUCGACUGAAUUUCGCUGUUGCGUUAGCCGCCAUCUUGAUUUUAAAUGAGAACCGUUUUUGCUCAAUAUCUCCGCCAUUUUAGACUUUUCGACAAAAAGUGUAAAAACCGAAUUUCUUGAAAAUACGAUUUUCUAUAAAUUCGUAUAGUAUAAUUUUUUUCGUGCGGUCGAUAUUUUCCGAGUUAUGGGGGAGGGGGGAAUAGUGACAGUUAGACCAUAAUUAUUGAAUUAUCGAGUUAUCUCGUUUAUACUUAGUUUUACAACAAAUAUGUGUAUGUAUGCAAAAAUAAAGAGAAUUAAAUUUUGUACAAUUUUGAACUCUUUCAUUUUUUUUUUGAUAAAAUCAAUAUUUAAAGUAGUACCUACCUACUUAGGCGGUAAAGGUGCGAGCGUAAGACCUAAUUGAUUUUAUAGCAAUAAUUGGUUUUGUUCAAUAUCUCCGCCAUUUUCAACUUUUAGACAAAAAGUGUGAGGACUGAAAUUGUUGAAAUUCCAAUUUACUACAAUUUUUCGAGAGAACCAGUGGCGGGUCUACAAGGGGGGAAUGGGAAAAUUCCCCACAGUGUCCAAAGUUUAAAAAAAAUGUUGAAAUAUAAAAAAUAUAUUAGCUGACAUGAAACUUAAAAUAUCGACAGAAAAAUUCAACCAAUAAAACCCGCUAGGUAAUAAAAUUAAGUGAACUUAUGCAUGUGAGUUAUUAUUUAUGUCUUUAAUGUAGUUAGUUUCGUUGGUGUUUCAUUGGAAGUUUCAACAAUUGUAUAAAAUAUAAUUCUCUUUAUUUUAUUUAUGUGCAAUUAUGUCGUAAAGUUAAUAAAAAAUGGCACAACUAUUGGAAAUUGCAUUUCCAAUAAUUUUAGUACCUACCGUGUUUGUCGAAAAGUUGAAAAUGGCGGAGAUAUUAAGCAAUAACGGUUCUCCUUUAAAAUCAAAAUGACGACUAACGCAACGGCGGAAUUCAGUCGAGAUAUUAAAUUUACACUACUAUUGAUCUCCUCUAACGGAUACAAUUAUAAAAUUUGGGGCAGCUCGGCAACAAGAUUCAAUUCAAUAAUUAUGCUCCCCCCACCACUUUUUACUAUUUUCCCACUUAACUUGGAAAAUAUCAAACGCAUGAAAAAAAUUGUUAAAAAGAAAUUGUAGGAAAUCAUAUUUGGAACAAUUUUAGUUGAAAGUGGCGUAAAUACCGAACAAAAACAAUUGAUAUAAAAUCAAUCGGGUCUUAUGCUCACGGCAUUACCGCAUACGUACUACCUUAAAAAUAAUAUCAAUUUUAGAAAAAAAAAUGAAAGAGAUCAAAAUUGUGUAGAAUUUAAUUCUCUCUACUUUUUUAAAGGUACAUUUUUGUCGUAAAAGUAAUAAUAAUAAACGAGAUAAUUUAAUACUUUAAAAAGGGAGUAAACCCUGUAGUUGGCUGUAUACCUUCAAUAUAACAACGUGGAAUGAAGUAAGCACUUCUGUUGUAUGUAGGCAUAUAUGAAUUUAUUAAAAAAUCCUUAAAAUUUAUCCACGAAGGAGUGGAAGUACAAAACGUUUUCGGCCAGACUGACCAUCAUCAGUGUAAACGUCCAGUGUACAAGUAAUUGAAACUAGCCACUUCAAUAGGUAUAAAAACCUCUAAAAUACAUUAUUGUUACAUUCUAUAAUAAAAAGUGGUCGACAUUAAGCCGAUGUCUUAAGAUUUAAAGAUCGCAUAAUUUAAUAAUUAUGCUCGAACUGUCACUAUUUUCCGCCAUAACUCGGAAAAUAUCGACCGCACGAAAAAAUUAUAAUAAUAGAAAUUAUAGAAAAUUCGUAUAGAAAUGGUUCGUAUACUUUUUGUCGAAAAGUUGAAAAUGGUGGAGAUAUUGAGCAAAAACUGUUCUCGUUUAAAACCAAGAUGGCGGCUAACGCAACGGCGGAAUUCAGUCGAGAUUUUAAAUUUACACUACUAUUGACCCCCUAAAUAUUAGAAAAAUAAAAUUUGGGGCAGCUCCUAAUGCAAGGUUAGGCCUGUUAUUCGUCUAACCCGACUGGACUAUUUUAAUAGUUUUUGAAUUAAACCCUACCACAAACUUUAAACGUCAUUUUCUCGAUAUUUUGUUUUUUGACUUAUGAUACUGUUUAAGCGGAGGUGCGACAUCACAAAAAUUAUUAAAGUAAUUUUUUAAAGCUUGAUUAUUUUCUUGGACAGUACUUAAAACCCAUAAAGUUAGAAUGUUUAGGUAUGCAUUACUGUUUGCAUGUUAAGCUUUAAAUGAAUGAGAUUUGUACAUAUUGUAUUUUAUUUAACUGUAGUUGUAUAUAGUCAAAAUAUAAAAUAUGAAGAUA